CUUGACGACGUAACUAGAGGCCAAACUUUUUGUUGUUUUCAAAAAUACAAGCGGCAACUAAACCCGUUUAUAGAGUGAGAAGCGAGCUAAAUCUCAACCGAAUGCCUGGCGAAAAGAAAGUUUUGACGCAAUCGACGGGCCUUUGCUUGUAAUGAAGAAGCGUCGCCGUCGCCGCCGCCUAAACAUUUACUGCUGCAAUCUCCCCGUGCACGGACGCUGUGGACGGUUGUCGCGACACAUUUUUGAAGAUACUUAACGAAAUGCCAUUGAGGAGUCAGACGUCGCAGCAAUAAAAGUGAAAUCCGCACGAGCAAACACGCACACACACAGCUGCCAGAAAACAAGUGGAAUUCGGCAGACAAACAGGCAGUCAGUCAGCAGCAGCGUGACGACAUGGCGGUAACAACGGGCACUGGUAGCGCUGCGGCUGCCGCAACCACAACCAGCCCCUCUGCGAGUCCGCGACGCAAGCAUAGUACGCGCGAGCAACUGCAACAGAUUGUGUCUGGUGGCCUGUCGGCGGCCAUAACACGUUCCACCUGCCAGCCGCUGGAUGUGCUCAAGAUACGAUUUCAACUGCAGGUGGAGCCGCUGGGCAAGGCGCAGACUACAGGCGCACGGCAAGCAUCGAAAUACAUUUCCAUCACACAGGCGGUGCGGACGAUAUACCGCGAGGAGGGUGUGCUGGCCUUCUGGAAGGGCCACAAUCCCGCCCAGGUGCUAAGCAUUAUGUACGGCAUCUGUCAGUUCUGGACAUACGAACAGCUGAGCCUGCAGGCCAAGCAGACCAACUACCUCAAGGAUCACCAGCACUUGUCGAAUUUCCUGUGCGGUGCCGCAGCGGGCGGUGCUGCGGUUAUCAUCUCCACGCCGCUGGAUGUGAUACGAACGCGUCUGAUUGCCCAGGACACCAGCAAGGGCUAUAGGAAUGCAACGCGCGCCGUUUCCGCCAUUGUGCAGCAGGAGGGACCACGCGGCAUGUACCGCGGACUCUCGUCGGCCCUGCUACAGAUUGCACCGCUGAUGGGCACCAACUUUAUGGCCUAUCGACUGUUCAGCGACUGGGCGUGCGCCUUCUUCGAGGUGGGGGAUCGCAGCAAGCUGCCCACCUGGACACUGCUAGCGCUGGGCGCCUCCUCAGGCAUGCUGUCCAAGACGAUUGUGUAUCCUUUCGAUUUGAUCAAGAAACGACUGCAGAUACAGGGCUUUGAGUCGAAUCGGCAGACGUUUGGCCAGACGCUGCAGUGCCACGGCGUUUGGGAUUGCCUGCGGCUGACCGUGCGGCAGGAGGGCGUUCGUGGACUGUACAAGGGCGUGGCCCCCACUCUGCUGAAGUCAAGCCUGACGACGGCCUUGUAUUUUAGCAUUUACGACAAGCUCAAGCAGGUGCGAUUCUAAGUGUUAAUGGCAGCCAACUGGGGUUAAUGGUUCUACCCAUUCUGGGCACAUAAAGUGUAUUUUUUCUAUUUUUAUAUAUACAUUUACCCAUACCGUGUAAAUAAUAUUAAGCAUAGAGUUUAGCUGUUGAUUAGUUUUCGAUUCUGCGUGCGGGUUUUUAUCCUUUUAUUCUAAUCAUACACAUCAACUAGACGUAGGCAAAAGGGGGCAGUCACAAAAAUACACAAAGCAGCGCACCACCAGUUAUAGACAAAAAUAUUAUUUAUAGUUUUUAGUUGACUCAACAAAGUUUCCAAGUUUUUGUGCGCAUUGUUAUUUAAUUAUCUUUUAUCACAUUUUAAUAUUCAGGGACACCAAUAAUAAAUUAAAACGCGUCACGCAAUUUGUAUCAAUUAA